CAAUCUCCCAAAAAACCCUAACUUUCAUCGUGAAUGAUCAAAAAACUCAUUUAUUACAACUUACAAGCUUUUGAGAUUUCUUUUAACUCAAACUUGUCCUUUUCUCUCAUCUUCUGCAAUUCACAUGGUUCCUGAGUGUGAAGUUACACUAAUACCCUCAUCCCUCGAUGUGCAAGCAAAAGUUAAAUGUUAUGAGAAGCUCGUAAAACAGAGAGCCUCGUGUUCCUCGUACCCAAUCCUCCAUCCCUCUCUCUUUCUCUCUGCUACAGACAGGCCCACAGACUCUUAGAAAAAAGCAGUCUUUCCCGCCAAAAAACAAAGCCUGCUCUUCUUACAACUCACCUUCUCUUCACCUCCUCUAUGUUCUGUAUACACUCAGCACCACAAAAGAGAAGAGAGAAAGAGAGAGAGAGACAAAAGAUGAAUAGCUCGUCUAAGGUAAUAAUGGCGGCCACUAUGGUUAUGGUAGUGAGCUUAGUAAUGGUUCUAAGCUUAGUGUUAGUGCUACUAGCCGAACUCUACUGCUCUCUCUUACUCCGCCGCCGCCGUAGUAGCCGUAACCACUCCCUCACACUCCCCACCACCACAAUCACCCCCGCCGCUGCAACCACCACCACUACAAGCCUCGCUCAAGCCAUUUCAACCACCAACGACCACCCUUCACCAUCAUCAAACACCGAUCUCUCAACCAAUCCACUAACCACAGGCGUCCUUCAAACUCCAAAACCUUUUCUCGUAACCAACAAAACCUAUCAUCAUGAGUCUUCAUCCUUACCAGCUUCCCCUGUACCCUCUGUCGAUAACUUCAUCUACAUUUCGAACCCGAUGUACUCCAACGACGUCCCUACGAGUAAACCAACCACGCCUUUCGAGACCCCUGAGUCUUCGCCGUCCAGGCUCGAGACCGAAGACUCUUCUUCUUCUUCCGGCGAGGAAGAUGACAAUGUAACGCCGACGUUGACUCCCAUGAAGGAUCUUCCUGAAAAGGCAUGCUCUGUUUCGCUGCAAGACAAUGCGAGGUCGCUGGAGAGUUCUGCUAGUGAAUCCAACAGUAACAACGAGAAGGACAAAGACGGUGGGUUGUCUACGUCGUCUGGUUCUCCGUCGUAUACUUCUCCGUCGUGGUAGUGUUGUUUAAUUAGUUAAUUAAUCCAUGAUUCAUGUUUUCUUUCUUUCUUUUUUUUAUUUUAAUUAAAAUUUUGGACUGUCUUGGAAUGUGUAUGCUCUGUUUUGGACAUUAUGGCUCGAUGACCCAAGCGGCCAAGCUCACGCUUGUUUUUUU